AUGGCUGAAAAGUUAUCUGAACAACAAAUUGCUGAAUUCAAAGAAGCAUUUUCAUUAUUUGAUAAAGAUGGUGAUGGGAAAAUUACAACAAAAGAAUUGGGUACAGUUAUGAGAUCAUUAGGUCAAAAUCCUUCAGAAAGUGAAUUAACUGAUAUGGUUAAUGAAGUUGAUGUUAAUUCAGAUGGUUCAAUAGACUUUCCUGAAUUUUUAACUAUGAUGGCAAGAAAAAUGAAAGAUACUGAUUCAGAAGCUGAAAUUGCUGAAGCUUUUAAAGUUUUUGAUAGAAAUGGUGAUGGUAAAAUAAGUGCUGCUGAAUUAAGACAUGUUUUAACUUCAAUUGGUGAAAAAUUAUCUGAUGCUGAUGUUGAUCAAAUGAUUAAAGAAGCUGAUACUAAUAAUGAUGGAGAAAUUGAUAUUCAAGAAUUUACUCAAUUAUUAGCUGCUAAAUAA